GCUGGGUGUUGCAGGUGUCUCCUCCGCCUCUCUGGGUCCGCGGCCGCGCCAGGCACUGUGUGGGCAGCCGAGGGAGCGCCUUUGUGCCUGGCUCGGGUGAGGCCGCAACGGCCCCUUGUACGCCCUGGUCCAUUGUCUUUCCGGCUGGUGCCACCGGGGCGGCUGUCGUGCCGGGCCGGGUGGACACACGCAUCCCAGGCGCACCGUGGGAGAUGAAGCUCCGGAAGCCGUGCUGGGCGGGCGGCGGCCUCCUCACGCUUCUGUUGGGCUUGGUGGGGCUCCGUGUGGACCUGGACCUCUACCCGCCGCCGCCGGCCGCCGCACUUUGGGAAGAGCUGCUGCCACUCUGCCCCGCCCGCCCCUACUCGGCCUCGGAAGGCUGGGGACGCACCCCUCUGCUACCUGCCAAAGGCGGGCUGCUGCACGAAGUGCGCGCGCUCGGAAUCCCCUUCAUUCCCCGCACCCGCGUGGACGCCUGGCUAGUGCACAGCGUGGCGACCGGGGACGUAGACGGGGCCCACGGGCUGCUCGGCACUGCCGCCUCGUCGGCCGUGGGAGACGGCGGCCAGUCAGCACCCGCGGGUGGCGGGGACCCCGGAGCGUCUCACAACAGCCCUCUGGCCGCCGAGGAGGAGGAGGGGAAGGAGGAGGAGGAGAAGGCGGCAGAACCGACGGCGCAGGUGCCAGAUGCCUGCGGAUGCGGGAGCCAGAAUGAGAUGCUAAGAGAAAAGAGCGAGGAUGUGGAUCACAGUUCCGAGCAGGAGGAAAAUGAGGAAGGGGUAUCAGCCCGGGGAAAAUCACGACAGCAGAGUAAAAAAGAGGAAAAGAAAAUGGUGGGCGCAUCUGCCUGGGAAGCCGAGAAGAGCACCGAGGCUAGGAAUGAGAGCCAUCUACAGUGGUCAGACACAUCUUUCUCUCUGGAAGAUUUAUUCCAACUACUUUCAUCACAGCCUCAACACUCUCUGGAGGGCAUCUCAGUGGAAGACAUUCCACCUUUUCUGAGCAGUGUCUGUGAAGGUGUGAAUUCCUCAGCACAUAACAUAAAUUUGAGCCAAGCUAUAAGCCAUGAUGUCAAUCUUCAUGAAGCCAUGCUGUUGUGCCCCAACACAUUUAGAAGAGAUUCAUCAGCAAGAUCUUCACAGACACAAGAACCAUUUCUGCAGUUAAAUUCUCAUACCAAUUCUGAGCAAACCACACCUGCAAUGUCUCUUCCACCUGUUGACAAUCAAAUGAGGAACCUAACAAGCCAAGAUCUGUAUGACCUAGAUUCAAAUAUAUUUGAUGGUAUAAACCUCAUGCCCUUGACCACAGGUUUCAGUCCACUGGAAGUUUCUCAAUUUUUUGAAGAACCAGAUUCUGGGCUCUUAUUAAAUUCAAGUUACAACAGCACCCCUCUCACCAACUCUAAUUCUUACUGUAUUUAUGACGGGACUGUAGGUUACAAUAGUGAUCUACAGUCUCAUUGUCACGACUUAGGCGCUGUAGGAGGCUGCUACCCAGAAUCCCGUAAACAUUUUUAUAUGGACCAUAUGACCAUACCUGGCUUUCAUGGGGCUCUUGAAUGUCAACAAGUAUUUCAUGACCACACUUACCACUUACAGUCAGGUGUGCCCACAUAUGAAUCUUUUCCAUGGUCUGAGAAGUCACAGAAAAUCAGUGCGUGCCUUGAUAACCCAGACAGAAACUUGAGCCGUGACGAACAGCGUGCUAGAGCUCUACACAUUCCCUUUUCUGUAGAUGAAAUUGUCCGCAUGCCUGUAGACUCUUUCAACAGCAUGUUAAGCAGACACUACCUGACAGACUUACAAGUUUCUCUCAUCCGUGACAUCAGGCGAAGAGGAAAAAAUAAAGUUGCUGCUCAGAACUGCCGUAAGCGUAAAUUAGACAUCAUUUUAAACCUAGAAGAUGAUAUAUGUAACUUACAAGCAAAGAAAGAAGCCCUUAAAAAUGAGCAAACUCAAUGUAACAAAGCUAUUGACAUAAUGAGACAGAAGCUACAUGACCUUUACCGUGAUGUUUUUAAUAGGUUAAGAGAUGACCAAGGUAGGCCAGUCAAUCCAAGCCACUAUGUACUUCAGUACAGCCAUGAUGGAACUGUCUUGAUUGUACCCAAAGAACUGGUCUCAUCAGGCCACAAAAAGCCCCAAAGGGAAGAAAAGGAAGAAGAAACAGAACAGCUCCAGUGACCAACAUCUCAAACUAUUUAUUUUAAAAGUACUGCUACUUGAAUCAUUCAGUUAAUUCUGAUGUUUAGGAAUCAAUAUUAUGCUUCUGUGAAGUUGGGAGACUCCACACAUUCCUGCAUGGUUCAUAAACACCUAUGUGAAGUAAUCUCCAAGCUUUAAGACCUUUAUGGCUUACAAUUGAAACAGCCUUAGUGUUUUCUGAAGGUUUUUUAUUUUGUAACUUCUGUGUGAAAAUAAACUUUAUAUUUGAACUGAUAAAAAAUUUUAUUCUAACAAGUCCAAAGUACACUUGCCUUAUUCUUUAUAUACUUAAAAAUCACUCGGUAACAAACUUUAACAAAUAUACAAAGCAGAUACCUGAAAGGUUGAAAUGAUUAAGUUUCAAACCAAAAGUACCCACACUUCACUAAAAUGCAUUUAGAGGUCACAGCCCUACAUCCAAAUAAAAAUUCUCAUCCCCCCCAC